ACACACAUAUAUAUAUAGAUAUAUAUUGGUAAAACAACAAGUGGGGUGCAUGUUGUGUUUCCCUCCAUUCUGAGUCUCACUUUCACUUUAGUCCCAAUACCAAUACCAAUACCAAUACCAUUCCCAUACCACUAUCUCUUUCUUUUUCAUAACCUACUGACUGACACAAACAAUCUUUCAGCUCGAUCAGUUCCAUGUAAUCAUCUGUCAAACAUAAUCAACAAACCUCUUACUUCCUUCCAUUCAUCCACACAACACUAACACUUUCACCUCCUUCCUUCUUCACUUUCCUUCAAUCCAAUCCAAUGAAGCUUCUUCAACAUCUUCUUUGCUGUUUGGUUUUCUUCUUCUUCUUGUUCUUCUACUAUGCAUCUGCUUUGCUUUCUCCUGCUGGUGUCAACUAUGAAGUACAAGCUUUGAUGAACAUAAAGAAUGCUCUAGAUGAUCCACAUAGUGUCUUGAAUUGGGAUGCAGAUGCUGUUGAUCCAUGUAGCUGGACUAUGAUCACUUGUUCUCCAGAUAAAUUUGUCAUUGGCUUGGGAAGUCCAAGCCAAAAUCUUUCGGGUUCUCUUUCGCCUAGCAUCGGUAACUUGACGAACCUGCAAACAGUGUUGCUACAAAAUAACAGAAUCUUAGGGCCACUUCCAGUAGAGCUUGGGAGGUUACCAAAGCUUCAAACACUUGAUCUUUCCAACAAUAUGUUAACUGGUGAAAUCCCACCUUCUUUAGCCAAUAUCAAGACCCUUCAGUACUUGCGGUUAAAUAAUAACACUCUCACUGGUCCAAUUCCUCAGCCUUUGGCUAACAUGACCCAACUCACAUUUCUGGACUUGUCCUAUAAUAAUUUAAGUGGUCCUGUUCCAAAGUUUCAAGCUAAAACAUUCAAUAUUAUGGGAAACCCAAUAAUAUGUGCCACUGGGGUAGAGCAAGAUUGCAAUGGAACAACACCCAUCCCAAUGUCACUCACUCUUGGUAGUCAACAAAAGUCGCAACCAUCUGUCGCGCCAAAAACUAACAAGAUGGCUCUAGCCUUCGGGACCAGCCUCGGGUGCUUCUGCUUGCUGUUUUUCGGCUUUGGGUUUGCGUUUUGGUGGCGAAGACGGUUUAACCAACAAGUUUUCUUCGAUAUCAACGAACAAUAUAGGGAAGAAGUGUGCAUGGGGAACUUAAGGAGAUUCCAGUUUAGAGAACUUCAACAUGCUACAGGCAACUUUACAAGUAAAAACAUACUUGGUAAGGGCGGGUUCGGGAUCGUGUACAAAGGGGUUCUAUCUGAUGGCACGGUUGUAGCUGUUAAGCGGCUCAAAGAUGGGAACGCGGUUGGUGGUGAGAUCCAGUUCCAAACCGAAGUUGAAAUGAUCAGCCUAGCGGUUCAUAGAAACUUGCUUAGGCUGUAUGGUUUUUGCAUGACGUCCUCAGAACGGCUCUUGGUCUAUCCCUACAUGUCAAACGGGAGCGUUGCUUCUCGUCUUAAAGCCAAGCCCGCACUCAAUUGGGGUACGAGGAAGCGAAUCGCAUUGGGAGCGGCCCGAGGUUUACUAUAUCUACAUGAGCAAUGUGACCCGAAAAUAAUCCAUAGAGAUGUGAAGGCUGCAAACAUAUUGCUAGAUGAUUACUGUGAAGCUGUAGUGGGUGAUUUCGGGCUAGCUAAGCUUCUAGACCACCACGAUUCACACGUUACAACUGCGGUUCGAGGAACCGUGGGCCAUAUAGCUCCCGAGUACCUCUCAACGGGCCAAUCAUCCGAAAAAACCGACGUGUUUGGGUUCGGGAUUCUACUACUAGAACUGAUAACGGGCCAACGGGCUUUAGAGUUCGGGAAAUCCGCGAACCAAAAGGGAGCAAUGCUUGAUUGGGUUAAGAAAAUUCAUCAUGAGAAUAAACUCGAUAUGUUGGUAGAUAAGGAUCUUAAAACCAAUUACGAUCGAAUCGAGCUCGAGGAGAUGGUUCAAGUCGCGUUGUUGUGCACCCAGUAUCAACCGGGCCAAAGACCCAAGAUGUCUGAAGUGGCCCGGAUGCUGGAGGGUGACGGGUUAGCUGAAAAAUGGGAAGCAUCUCAACGGGCCGAGUCUAAUGGCGGUCGGGCCAACGAGUUCUCACAUUCGGAACGAUACUCGGAUCUUACGGAUGACUCUUCGUUGCUUGCUCAGGCAAUGGAGCUAUCUGGACCGCGGUGAUGCGUCACAAAAAACGGUUAAUAAAUCGGUUUACGAUCCUGAUUGUAUAGAAACCGAAUUAAAGUUUAUAAGUCAUGCUUGUUCUAUAUGGUUUUGGGUUUGCUGGGAAUGUUAAUCUUGUAAGAGGAAUGUUAAUCUGAUUAAAGGUUAACAAGACGCGAUAAAUGCGAUCUUUUUACACAUAGUUUUCAGUAAAUUCAAUGACAACUUCUGCUGAUGCAGUUUCAAACC